AUGGACGCCUACUUCGCCGUGAAGAAGCCUUCCGCGCUGCGCGCCUCGUCCGAGAAGAAGUCUGACACCAACAAGAACAAGAAACCUUAUGCCCGCCAAUCUGGACGCGAUGAAACGAACAUCACGAAGCCUAACAAAGUCGGGGAACUAUCUACCCGCGAGCUGAACAAGCUCGUUUUGAGCACUCUUUCGCACGAGUCCAACCCAGUCACUCAUUCGGAUAUCUAUGAACGAACUGAACACAUCGUAUCUGCUGCUACUGGUCAUCAACGAGGUGAUGGUCGUGCCAAUGGUCCCCAGAAAACCUACUUUGAGCACCGCACGAAGAAAUUGUCUGAGCAGAAAGUAGCUGCAGCUGGGAACGCGUCGAGUGAGCCUCAAGUCAUGCGCAACGUCCGAAUAUACAUCAACGGUUACUUGAGCAAUACCACCGACAUUGAGAUGAAGAGAGUUGUGGUUCGGGCCGGCGGCGACGUUUUGUUAACGCCAUCCGGUGCCACUCAUAUUCUUACUUCUCAACAGCUGAGUGGGUCAAAGACGCACAAACUGACAGCGAAAUCCCGAAACCAUGUGCACGUCGUGAAACCGGAAUGGGUGACUGAUAGCAUCAAGACAGGCAAGAAGCUCAAAGAGAUGGAUUACGCCGUUAUCAAAUCCACGAACGCGCAGUCGUUGACGAGCAUGUUACGAAAGCAGUGA